CUUCAAGCCAAAAGUGCGCUGGGUGACAGUUAUGAUUGGGACGGCCAGCUUCUCAAGUCUUUGUCAUUGCGAAAGAAGGUCCACAAAGCAAGGCUUGAGCUUCUCGGCGUCGAUCACCCCGACACCUUGCAUGCAUUCAACCGACUGGUCGACACUAGAAGCCUGCUCGCCCACACUCAAGAAGAAAAGGAAGAGGUUUGCAGGCUCAGAGAAGAGGCCGUGGCCUCGUGGAGGCGAGUUCGUGGUGAAGUUCAUCCUCAAACUAACGAAGCAAGAGUCAACUUGGGUCAUAGCUACACUGCAGCUUCUAGGUUUGAGGAAGCUCUCCUCGAACAGCAAGACGUCCUGGCCAUACGCAACGAAAAGGACCCGGGCGAAGAGAGCCAAGAAACCCUGGACAACAAGAAGGGGCUUGCUUCAGUGUUAAGUGCUGUUAACGCCGCACCUCAAGCGGCUGUAUUGAUGGAGGAGGUCUUGCGGGUUGAGACCAGACACCUCGGUCGAGACCACCCUCGGACACGGGAGACAGGAGCCCUUCUUCAUCGCUAUUACCAAGAGGCUGGA